GAGCAUCCGCGGGGAGUGGAUGGGAGGUCCCUGUGGCGUGCCGGGCGCUGAGAGGCUCGCUGAGGAUACAUGCCAAUAGGCCUGUCAGGAGGAAGGAGGAGUGUGAGGCUGGUGUGCUCUCUGCGUCACGCAUUCCAGGCCUGGGAGGACAGGCCGCAGUGAAAGGUGCGGAGGCCAGUGCUGGCUCUGGUUUUCCCAGUGACUCUUUAAGUUUCUUUUACUUGGAAAUCCCCCCUGUGGAUUCCUGCUGCGGCUUGUUUCCAUUUGUUUGAGCAGGCGAUGCGUUCCUAUAACUGAAAAAGUUAAAAUGAGUUAAGAGGGUGUGAAUGAGAGACUCCCUCCCCACACCUUCUUUACUUGCUGUGAAUAUUUGCAGGGACUCUGUAGGCAAAUGCAGAAGGUGUGCAUGUAUAGUCUUAGCUUCUUUCCUACCAGCCGGAUCGCUGCUUUCUUCUUUUCUAAAUCGGCACAUGGAGAGCUUCCUAGUUCUUUUUUUCUACAGCGGCACAGCUGUCCUUUGGGUUAGUUUAACUGGUGUGCUCUGACUUUAUUCCCUUGACCUUGCCAUCGGCUUUGCUGAGGAGUCCCCGCGUUUGAAUCAGUGUUUGUUCUUUCCUCCUCUAUUUUUAGAGUUCUUCCCGGUCACCGACGUCCUAGCGCCUGACUGCGUUGGACCACACGCCUGGUAACGAGGGCUGACUGAAUGCUCCCUCUCUCGCUCUUUGCCUUCUCAUCUGAUGCACAUGAAGGGCGCCAACCUUGCCUCGAUGGCCCCUGGGGCAGCGGCUCACACCUGUUCAUCCUGGUGAUUAAAAACAGACGCAGAGGCCCUGCCGCUUGAAUCUCUUGUCACUGGUAAUUUUCAUCUUCCUGGGAACAGGUGUGCGAGGCGGAACCCCAGUUAUAAAUGCAUAUAGUUUCACCAUAAACACCUGUUGACGGAGCUGUGUGUUGGCUGAACAGUGUCUCCUCCCUGAGUCUGGUGGUCUGCCCCUGGAGUGGUCAGCUCUGCUGCCGACAUGCCCACCCAGCUGGAGAUGGCCAUGAGCACCAUGAUCAGAGUGUUCCACCGCUACUCCUGCAGGGAAGGGGACAGGUUCAAGCUCAACAAGGGGGAACUGAAGCUGCUCCUGCAGCGCGAGCUCACGGAAUUCCUCUCGUGCCAAAAGGAUCCCCAGUUGGUUGAUAAGGUAAUGCAGGACCUGGAUGCCAAUAAGGACAAUGAAGUGGAUUUUAAUGAAUUCGUGGUCAUGGUAGCAGCUCUGACAGUUGCUUGUAAUGAUUACUUUGUGGAACAAUUGAAGAAGAAAGGAAAAAAAGAUAAGUAGUAAGCUAAGCUGAAGGUGGAACUGUAUCCCAAGUUAGUUGCUUGUUCAUUCCUAUCCUCCAGACCUGUGGUUACAGUAAUGCCCUUUACAGAGAUAAUAUACAUAUAUUUAAUUGCCAAUACUGUUAAAUGAUGUACACUUUAAUAUAUUGACUUUAAAUAAAUAUUCCAAAUCUUA